AUUGCUCCACCUUAAGCCGGAGGCCCGCCCCGCGCCGGUACACACCCUUUCGGCUCGGCUGCGCUCCCGGCAUUCCUCACGCAUGGACGCUGGGCUUCCGGACCUGGGCGGAGCCCGCGGGUCUGUCCGAUUGCGUUUUCCCCGGCCCAGGCUUUCCAGCACCAGGUGCCAGGGGCCAUGGAGCCCCGGGCAGUUGCGGAUGCUUUGGAAACGGGAGAGGAAGACACGGUGGCAGAAGCCCUGCGGUCGUUCAACCGGGAGGUAGGAGCAGACCUGUCGCUCUGACUGGAGGAGCACUGGUCCUACCUGUGUGGACCUGAGCCUGCUGGCUCUCCCUGCAGCACUCCCAGAGCUUCACCUUCGAUGAUGCCCAACAAGAAGACAGGAAGAGACUCGCAAAGCUGCUGGUCUCCGUACUGGAGCAGGGCUUGCCACCAAAACACCGUGUCACCUGGCUGCAGACUAUCCGAAUCCUAUCCCGAGACCGCUGCUGCCUGGACUCAUUUGCGAGCCGCCAGAGCUUACAUGCACUAGCCUGCUAUGCUGACAUUACCAUGUCAGAGGAGUCCAUCCCACAGCCCCCAGACAUGGAUGCCCUGCUCGAGUCUCUCAAAUGCCUGUGCAAUCUCGUGCUCAGCAGUCCAGCAGCACAGAUGCUAGCAGCAGAGGCUCGCCUGGUGGUGAGGCUCGCAGAGCGUGUGGGACUGUACCGCAAAAGGAGCUAUCCCCACGAAGUCCAGUUCUUUGACUUGAGGCUCCUUUUCCUGCUAACAGCCCUUCGCACUGAUGUGCGCCAGCAACUGUUUCAGGAGCUGCAUGGUGUGCGCCUGCUGACUGACGCGCUGGAACUGACACUGGGGGUGGCCCCCAAAGACAACCCCCCGGUGACACUCCCGGCCCAAGAGACGGAGCGGGCCAUGGAGAUCCUCAAAGUGCUCUUUAACAUCACCUUUGACUCGGUCAAGAGGGAGGUGGAUGAGGAAGACGCUGUCCUUUACCGGUACCUGGGGACCCUUCUGCGGCACUGUGUGAUGGUUGCUGCUGCUGGAGAUCACACAGAGGAGUUCCAUGGCCACACGGUGAAUCUCCUGGGGAACUUGCCCCUCAAAUGUUUGGAUGUCCUUCUCGCCCUGGAGCUACAUGAAGGAUCCUUAGAGUUUAUGGGAGUUAAUAUGGAUGUGAUCAGUGCCCUCCUCGCCUUCCUAGAGAAGCGUCUGCACCAGACCCACAGGCUGAAGGAGUGUGUGGCACCUGUGCUGAGUGUGCUGACGGAAUGUGCCCGCAUGCAUCGUCCUGCCAGGAAGUUCCUGAAGGCCCAGGUCCUGCCCCCUCUGAGGGAUGUGAGGACUCGGCCUGAGGUGGGGGACCUGCUUCGAAACAAGCUUGUCCGCCUCAUGACACACCUGGAUACAGACGUGAAGAGGGUAGCUGCCGAGUUCCUCUUUGUCUUAUGCUCUGAGAGCGUGCCCCGAUUCAUCAAGUACACAGGCUACGGGAAUGCUGCUGGCCUCCUGGCUGCCAGGGGCCUCAUGGCUGGUGGCCGGCCUGAGGGCCAGUACUCAGAGGAUGAGGACACCGACACAGAGGAGUACAAAGAAGCUAAGGCCAGCAUCAACCCUGUGACUGGAAGGGUGGAGGAGAAGCCGCCCAAUCCUAUGGAAGGCAUGACAGAGGAACAGAAGGAACAUGAGGCCAUGAAGUUGGUGAACAUGUUUGAUAAGCUCUCCAGGCACAAAGUCAUCCAACCCAUGGGGAUGAGUCCCCGGGGUCACCUCACUUCUCUGCAAGAUGCGAUGUGUGAGACCAUGGAGGGGCAGCUCUCCUCAGACCCUGACUCAGACCCUGACUGAAGAUGGCAGCGGCUUUGCUCCCCUUCAGAACUGGUGCUGCUUCCAGACAUGUCCUUGGGGUGCUGCCGAGAGAAGCCACACUCCUCUCCUGCUGGGGAGGCCUUUCUCUUUACUCCCCUCACUAUCCAUGAUUUGCCUUUGGUCCAGUUUCUCGUGCUUAGGACUGUGGUAGUCUUGUCCUCUAAAGAUUAGGAACCCACCCUUAAUUUUCACAAGUGAAGUUGUUUCUUUGAUGUUUCCCAAGUGUAUGCUGUAGCUCCAGCCAUGGGCAGAGCUGCCUUGGCACAUAAAUGAACAUGCAUGUAUAAGGGGACUGAGCAGGGUACACACUGUGAAAGCACGUCUGGGCUGUCAUUGCCAGCUCAGAGCCCGUAUGCGGAGCAUAUGCUGUGUUUCAAACAUAUUAGAAUCUGUUGGAAUUGUUUAAUUAUGUCAAAAAUAUACCACGCAUCACGGUUCCUGCUUCUGGCCCCACUGAGCAGGGGACAGUGGCCUCUUCUAAAUUCUUCUUGGCCCUGGGGCUCAACCACCCGCUGCAGUAUCCACAUACCCAAGCCUGACUGGUAGUGACAUCUAACCCACUCACAGCCACUGGUGUAGUAAUUACAAGAAGGCAAAAGUUGUAAGACAAGGUAAACCUGAGCUCUCUGAGGCACAGAAUAAAGAGUUUGGGACAAGACUGUAUCUGAAGUAGCUGGGUGAAAGGAUAUUAAAUAGAAAUAAGAACUAA